AUGUUGCACCACUACAAUUAUUCUACUUCAUUGAGCCACUUUUUGAGCUACCACCAAUUAGAAGACCAAAACAACGAUAACGAAAGUGGCGUCCACGCCACAUCAAAUGUGCCCCUUUGUGAUGAACUUUCCCAAGAAGACGACUCGAGGUGCAGAAGAUUAAAAAAUGAUGGAAAAGACAUUCAAUCGGAAAACGAGAUGAGUGUGAUGAAUUUAAGCGUGCACCCCGGCAGUACAGAUCGGCAAUUGAUGUCGAAUUGUAGCAGGCUUCAACUACCCACUGUUCACCGACCGGUCACGGGACACUUCCCUGCAGGACACCCGUGUGCUUCCGCCAUUCAAACAGGUAAUAAACGCAUGCAGCAUAUUGUGGAUAUCGGCUUACCAACUUCACUAUAA